UGUUACAGAAGAUACUGAUGUUUAACUAGUCUGUGAGUCUAGAAUAGAGAUGAAAGCUUGUUUGAGUGUGUUCCUGGCCCUGCUGUGCUCUCUCAGUGCAGUGUUCAUCACUGUCAGUGAGCAGCCUGCCUCUCAGAAACCAAUUGAGCUUAUACUGAACCAUGAGUUAGAGUUGAAAGCCAUUCAGGCCAUUCACGAACAGCUUGAUGACAAUGACGACGGUAAUGUCGACCUCAGUGAGUCCUCAGAGUUUGUAGAGACAGAGUUGUGUGGACCUAGCAUGGAGAGCCAGCAAGCAUGUUGGAGCUCAGACAAAAGUAAACGUUUUCACCAGACAGACAAACAAAUCACCUCCAUGGAACUCUGGAGCACAUGGCACAAGAAUAAAGUUAUCCACUGGAGUACAGAGGAUGUUGUAACCUGGCUGACAAACACUGUUCAUCUACCACAGUACUCUGAGACGUUUAGGUACCACAAAAUAACAGGACGCCACCUACCACAAUUGGCUGUCAAUACCAACCAAAUGCUUAAGAACCUUCUCCUAGUGAACAAUAGCAAACACAAGCAGAAGAUUCUACUCAGGGCCAUGGACGUGGUUCUCUUUGGGCCCCCUGUCGGGUCUGGCUAUUGGAAGGAUGCCUUGCUUGCUAUAUCUAUAACAUUGAGUGUGUGUGGAGUGUUGUACGCACUCAGGCAGCGAUAUUUGGCACAGUCAAGGAUCGAUUCAUUUCUCAAGGAUUUACGAGUCAAAGAGGAGGAGUUGAGCAAACUGAAGUGCAAGCUUGAGCUUGAGACAGCUGUUGAUGAAGGGGAGAGCAUCUCAUCUGAUUCUGUACCCACACCACCCUCUGAGGAGGACUCCUUGUCAACUGUGUUUGGCAGAUCAGUUUCACUGGAGACAGCUAGCCCUCUACUCUCACAAGUCCAGGAAGAGAAUCAAUGUCUACGUAAUCAACUGCAUUUAUCAGAGACUCAAUUCUCCAAUAAGUUGUCAAAGCUUCGUGUGCUGCUCCAAGAGUGUUGUAGAAAGGAGUGGAACCAUCUGGACUCUAAGAGGAAGGCAGCAGAAGAUCAGAUGAGCAGAGCACAGAAAGUGUGUGACAAAAUCAAGAAGAAGCGUUAUUCUCUGUUUGGCUCGUUUCAUCUGGCUAAUUCGUCAGCACUGGAGGAAGCUGGACUGCAGAUCACCAAAGCUGUGAACAAGAUGCAUUCCAUAUCUGAGUACUUCGAUGAGUACCACUUGAGGUGGGAGCAGAUCGAGAAGGUGUGUGGCUACUCCAUUGUCUCCUCCACGGCCUCCACACCCACUCACUCAUCGUCAAUGACUCACAUGGACUCACUACUCAGUUUCACAAGAGAAGGCUCCCCACAUUCUAUCAGCAGUUUCAGCACAGUCACCAGUACACAGUCCUCAAGACAGCGCAAAGGCUCUUCCCCGGAGUUCAAUGAAAGUAGACUCCACUCACACUCAAGAUCUCAAUCAGCUGAUCAAACAUUCGAAACUGAACCUGAAUUGGGGAGAUUUGUGAAAAGCGAGCCGUCAAAAUUGAUCCAUUCCACGUCUUUUCCAGUGUUAAGGAGGGCUAGUGCUGAAGUGACUGAUAGUAGAUUUGUUGAAGCUGAUGGCGGUCUUUCGUUUGUGUCGAUCGAGAAGAAUGCAACUAGAGGGCUGGCGCCCAUUAAAGAAGAGAAGCAAGGAACUCACACUCAAAAACGAACAUUGUCUCUAAUUAGAAAAUCAAAGAGCUCGGAUGUUUAGCUAGUUACCAAUCGUAGUUGUGAUUUUUGAUUAUGAUGCAUACCUCAUUACAAUUUUAAUUGAAUAUUAAAGGAGGAUGCUCCUGAUUAAAGCCAAA